AUGCAAGAUGGUGAUGCAUCUGUCUCUGAAGAUGCUGAUGAUGCAGGUUUUACAGAUGAAGAUGCAGAUGCAGAUGAGUGGUUUCCUGAAGCAGAGAAGACAAAAAAAGGUCCAAGGAAAAAGAAAGUAUUUGAGACCUCUACCUCUAAAAUUGAGGAAAUUAGUCCACCUAAGAAACCAAGAGGAAGACCAGCGAAGGUUGCAGGAGAAAUUAAGGUCAAAAGAGGUAGAGGCAGGCCGAGAAAGUAUCCAGAUUGCUUGGUGGAAGACGUUGAUGGAACUAAACAGGAUGACAAAGAUGAGGCUACAGAAGAGAUUGGAGGAAGGAGUUUGCGACUGAGAAGAGGACGACCUCGAUUAUGCCAAGAUGGGUCUGAUGAUACAGAGGGGAAUGAUGGAGAGAAAGUGAAAGCCAAGAAGAACAAGCUUCGUUAUGGAUGUAGUAUGUGCGGAAAGUCUUUUGCAGGCAUCACAAAUUUAGAGAUUCAUUUUCGAACACACACUGGUGAGAAGCCGUACACAUGUGAUCUUUGUCCAAAGUCAUUCAAUGUACCCAUCAGUUUUAAGAUUCAUCAACAGACUCAUUCGUCAAACAAGCCAUACCAGUGUAAAUUGUGUGGCAAGACCUUUAAACAUGCCAAUUCUUUAACAUCGCAUAAAAUAACUCAUACCAAAGAUCGGCCAUAUACAUGUAAAGUAUGUCACAAAGGUUUCACUCAGACGAGAAGUUUGAAAUCUCACAUGCGGCUUCACACUGGGGAGAAACCAUAUCAGUGUGAGCAAUGUGGGAAGUCCUUCGCGCAGGCUAAUGGGUUACGUACUCAUAAAAUGACACAUACAGGAGAAAAGCCCUAUAAAUGUCACCAGUGUGAGAGGGCUUUCAACAGUGCUUUUAAGUUGAAAUCCCACAUAAUGAUACAUACUGGGGAUUUUCCCCAUCAGUGUGAUCUUUGUGCACGCCGCUACACCAUGUUGAGUGAAUUACGUAAACAUGUGCGAAAAAAACAUCUAAAAGAGAAGCCGUAUCUCUGCGACAUAUGCGGCAAGAGUUUUGGUGAUAAGAACACUUUAGGCCAUCACAAAAAAAUUCACUCAGGUUCGAGGGAUUAUCAUUGCACAAGUUGCACCAGAAGUUUCUCAUACUGGUGA